AUGGUAAAUCGAGCUAUUAGAGUACGACAUCUCGUACAAACCACAAGGCCCCAUAAAAGCCCAGUUCUUAUCCGUAACUAUGAGCUGAACUUGGAAGAAGGGAAAACAUGGAUAUUAUUAGUUUAUGGGGCCUCUAACCUCAGUGGUAGCAACACGACACUACUGCAGAAAAGGCUUUUUACGUCGGUUAAAAUGGGUCUUCUACGUCGGUUAAAGCGACGACAUAGAUACAGGGGUCAUAGAAA